AUGAACCUCCUCCCAGGCGAGGGCCGUCUUGAUCAGCUGCUGGAGGCAGAGAUCACAACUAUGUCUAUGCAGGAGGCUCGUAGCUUGUCUGUGCGCGACAUGAUGGACUUGGGGCAGCGACCCGAGACCCUCGCUGCGUUACUGAACGAGGAGCUCCCUGUACGAUACGCGCGACGCAUAUCGAUGUUGGAGGCUUUGCCUGAAUGGCAGGGCAAAGACAGCAUCAGGCACGUGCGUGAGAUGUACAUCAAGUCCUUCAAGGAGCUUCGGUUCUGCAGUGCGGAAGGCAUGUCGGAGUCAGGGCUCAGGCUGACCUUGGCAAAGAUCAAGCGCCGGCAUACUCGGACUAACCUGCUCGUGCAGAGCUUCAAGGAGUAUUUGCAGCAGGAGCAGCUGACGGAGACGCAGAUCAACGAUUGGCUCGACCAGUUUUUCAAGCUGCGGAUAUCGACAAACUUGCUCAUCUCUCAGUUCCUUGAGAUUGCGAAUGACGCGUCACAGGGCAGCGAAGCUGAUGCGAGUUUUGAUCCAUACCAGAGCUUUAUCAGCACCAAGUGUGAUCCUCUAAAGAUCGCCGAGCAUGCUGCUAACGUGAUCCAAGACCUCUGCCACGAGUGGUACGGCAGCGCGCCGAAAAUCAUCGUGACAGAUGCAGGGGCCGUACCCUUCACCUUUGUGCCACGCUACAUGUUUUACAUCCUGUCUGAGCUGCUGAAGAACGCCGUUCGGGCGACCGUGGAGCAGCAUUCCUUCACUGGUUGCUCUGAAAUGGUGCCGAUUACUUUAGUCGUCUGCACUGGACGGGGCGUUACUAGUGUCCGUAUCUCCGACACAGGAGGUGGAAUACCUGUGGACAGACUUCCCCGGGUCUGGUCAUACCUGUACACCACUGCCCAGCCGCAGGAUGUUCCCAUCACCAGGGAAUCGGUGGAUGCUCCUACGAGGCUCCGCCAUGUGGAAAUGUCAAUGCAGCCUGGACACAGUCUCUUGGACCAGGACGAGGACACGUCCCAGGAGCAUCGAAUUCUGCUUAGGUCGCCUUUAGCAGGGCUUGGCUGCGGACUGCCGUUGAGCCGGCUCUAUGCGGAAUACUUGGGAGGUCGGCUGAAGCUGCAGACGUUACCCAGGUAUGGUACCGAUGUCUUCGUUUACUUGAACAGUGUUGGCAACUGUGUCUCGGCAGCGGCUCGGAGCGUUCCCUCAACGAACUGGGCGCCCACUACGCUGGCAGAAGACAGCAUGUGGUGGCCAUCUGGCUCUCGUACUGCCGAGCACGGCAUCAUGUAA